UGUGCCAAUAAAGUAAUGAGUCGUUUGGUUAGCAUGACAAAUCAUGUUAAAUGUUAUUAUCAUGAGUUAACCUGCUGUUUGGUUGCUUUGUUUGAUAACAUGAGGCCCGAUGUCGGCCCGUCAAAGCCCGAACUGUUCAUCCAAAUAACAUGUGUUUCGUAUCAGCAUUUGAGGCACCGAUUAUAAUCAUGCCUCGACUCCCGUGCCCGAUACAGCAUCAACAUUUCCAUUUUGCCCUCUAUACGUGAUUUGAAUUUUGGAAACACCUCCUCCAAUAAUUCAUCCCCAAACCUUGUGUGAAACCACUGCAGACACACCCUACAAUUGAAGCCAGAGAUUGUUACAACACUUGAGGACUCCAUACCCCCACGCACAAAAGGGGGUCGGCGUUAGGGAUCCGAUUCGUCCACCGGAAUCGGUCGACAUAAACAUCAGCAAGUUUUCGCCCAAAUUUCAGACGGUUAGUUAUUGAUGCUCCAGUUCAUAAACAAUCGACUCUUUCCAUUUGUGUUUUUAUUUUUUACGUGCUUGAUUUUCCAGAUCUCCUUUUGUGCUUUAUUUUUUAUGUGCUUGAUUUUCCAGAUCUCCUCUUGUUCUUUAUUUUUAGGUGUUGAGCUUUAUUAUUGCUAAGAAUUUUUAAUCUCUAUUAGUAGUAUAUUGGUUUAUAGAAAUGGAAGACCAGUUUCUCUGCAGAGUAAAUAGUUCUCGUUAGUAUGCACACAGAGUUUGUAUUGACAAGUUGUAUCUGUUCAUAACUUGAGUUUGCAGCCAAAUUUGAGUACGUGUAUGUGCAUCACAUGACUGUGUAUUCGUUAGUAAAGUGAGUCUUUACUGAAUCUAGAGUUCUCUAAAGGCAAUUUUAUGUUUUUGUGCCCAAUAUUCAUGAAUUUCAUUCUGAUUUUGUAACAUUUCCUUGGUAGUUGUAAUUGAAUUGCUCGUGAUGGCCCGUAUUGUUCGUGUACCCCCUUCCGUUAACCUGAUGGUGGAAGAUAUACUUUUUUUGUUGCGUAUUCAACAAAUCAUCAUUCUGUACUUAUACUUGAAAAGAACAAGGCGUUUUACACGUCGUGUAAGAAAUCACCAAGUUAGGUAUUCACUAAUUGAGCGAAUCCCUCCACAAGUGAGGCAUAUGAACAGGCUCACUGCAGUUAGUGAUGUCGACUGUUUUUCGAACCUCCGUAUGGAUAGGAAUGCAUUUGGACGAUUGUGUAUUCUUUUAAGAGACCGUGGUGGACUACGGAAUGGUCGAUUUGUGUUACUAGAGGAGCAAGUAGCAAUUUUCCUAGGCAUUUUAGCCCAUCAUAAGAAAAAUAGACCUUCUGGAUUUGAAUUUCGUCGUUCGGGUGAAACCAUUUCUCACUAUGUGCAUCUUGUACUUAAAGCGGUACUCAAGUUGCAUACAAUUUUAUUGCCUCGGCCUGAUCCGGUGACAAACAAUUGUGUUGAUCCACGAUGGCAACACUUCAAGGGUUGUAUUGGCGCUUUGGACGGCACUUACAUAAAUGUGCUCGUAAGGACCUUAGACAAGCCACGAUAUCGCACGCGAAAGGGCCAAAUCGCGACCAAUACUCUUGCUGCGUGUGACCGCAAUAUGAAGUUCUUAUACUUUUUACCCGGGUGGGAGGGAUCGGCGGGUGACUCUCGAGUGCUUAGGGAUGCUGUCACUAGAGAAGGUGGAUUGAGAGUAAACAAAGGAACUUAUUAUCUAUGUGAUAAUGGAUACGCAAACAGUGAAGGAUUCCUUACUCCGUAUAAAAACGUGCGCUAUCAUUUGAAGGAAUGGGGAGUCGGGACCCAGCGUCCGCAAAAUGCACGAGAAUUGUUUAAUCUAAGGCAUACUAGAGCUCGUAACAUAAUUGAGAGGGCCUUUGCAGUGCUAAAGAUGAGAUGGGGUAUCUUACGGAGUGCUACUUUCUAUCCGAUUAAGAUCCAGAUCCGGUUAAUCAUGGCAUGCUUCCUGCUACACAAUUUCGUACGGGGUGAGAUGCACAAUGAUCCAAUUGAGCAACACGUUGACGGAGAUACACAACCUCUGGUCGAUGAGGAGAUUCAUGGUGACCUAGAAUUCGUAGAUCAAGUAGAGCCAACUUCAGAAUGGAACCAAAUGCGGGAUGACUUGGCUAACUCCAUGUGGAGUAAUGUGUGUUUUUAUGUGACUUUUCCAAAUUUAAUUUGGUUAAUUUUGCCUAGAAUUGUCAGAUUACAUCUGUUAUAUAAGCAGUAUCUUAUUGUGAGGUUAUUAUAAAUAAUUACAUAUUUUCUCAAUGUUUUUUGUUUUGUAGCGAGCCAAUGUCGACGGUAACUGAAGAAUUGGACAUGAUACCCGAGUGUCUUUGCGGCGGUGGCAGGAUGAAGUUGUUAUGUGCUGGGAAAGCGGCCACACACGCCGGUCGUUACUUUUAUAAAUGCCCAGCCGAUGAUAAACAUUCCGGGUCUUUCUUGUGGUGCGAUGACUACCAUUCUCGGAUAGGGGAUGGCAAGCAACCGACAUAUGUAAAGAGUCAACUUUAUCGGCCUAAUAAACAUAUGAAGUACAGGGAGGAAGCGAAAAAUAAAAACAUCAUCAAGCAGGGUAGUGAUUGUGGGGUCUGUGGCCGCUGUCGCGUUGAAGCUCGGGUGAACCUCUUGUUGGCUGGCUUGGGUUUAGUUUUAUUAUUGGUUGGAUUUGUGCUAGGGAAAAUGGUGUAGUUUGUUUAUGCAAAAUGUGCAACAAAGACUCCAACUUAUUAUGUAGUUUUCUAUUCAUGAAUUAUGCUGUUGCUAUGACAUUUGGUGAAUCACCUACAUGCACUUAUAUUUUGAAUUAAGUUGUUUGUAAUUUGUAUAUUAUGUCUUGGACGAAA